UCAUCCUCUAUUUAUUCUCCCCUUAAACUACCAACACCAUCGCAACCAACACCAACACCAUCAUUAUCAUCACCAUCAAUAAAAGAUGCACGAAGUGUCAGCUGGAGAAAAGAAGAAUCACGCGUGGGCAGUAGUGCGCAUAUUAGAGGACACAGUAAGCUUCACGUGGGACGAUCCAUUUGCCAUCUCCAGAGCAACACAACCGCCAUUUAUCCCCGUGAUUGUGAAUUGCCUACAUCUUGCUUUCACGUAUAAAAAGAGGACAUCAUGUACACCAGACGGGCUCUGCUUUCUAACAGGUUGUCGUCAGCAUGAUUUGUGAUAACAUACUCAAUCUAUAAAAGGAAGAAUGAAGAGAUGACAAUAAAGAACGGAACAAUGUUACAGGAGCAAGAUGGCUGAAUUUGUUGAUCGACAUUAAUUAUGAAUCCAUCAUAGUCACCACCACCCCCUUAUAAAGCGUAGGAAGUGUGCUGGUAGGCUAUAGUAUUCCCGUUUGGUGAUCAGAAAGAAGCUUUCGCUGAUAUAUUGAUGCCUACUGUAUCGUCUUAACCAAAUAGUUCAUGACAGAUGAACAACCAUGCCAUCCUGGGCACCACAGAUCGUGAUCGUGGCAUUAUGUUUAGGUCAGAUUUUUAAAGCUGAUGGGGAGCGAAUGUCUUGUAUGGAUGCUCGUCUGGAAUGCCAAAGUGAUGAAUUCUGUAAGCUAGGGCUCAUGGCUAUCAAUGUACACUGCGGGAACGUCGACGGUGGAAGAUGUGAAGCAACUGCAUUGGGUCUUCCAACAUGCCUGAUGAUGUUACAAGAUUCCAGAAUACAUGGAAUUUUUGGAGGGUGUUUCUGUGAUCAUACCAGUCCACAGUAUGCAGCUUGUCGUUAUCAUCAACGUCUGAUCAACUCCAAUCCGUGUAUGAAUGCUACAGGUUCAUUCCACCCUCCACCAACCGAUUCAGCUGAACCAACAUCAGCGACAUCACCCCCAUCAGCCAACUGCUUCAAGACUAUCAAGUCAUGCAAGGAAGAUACUGUUUGCCAUCAGAACCUAGAGCACUUCUACGAUGCAUGUCCCACUCGCAGACACGGUACAUGCAGACUUUCGUCACAAGCUGAACGUGUUGAAUGUACGGCAGCACACGGCGUCUUGGAUUCCAAACUCUUGAAAUGCACAUGCGAAGAGAACAAGACCAAAUGCAAACGUCAAAGAAAACGGAUUCAGCAGAAUCCUUGCCUCAUUUCAGAGCCGAUGUCUGCGGAUGUCACAGAUCCUACUCCUCAUGAACUUACUGAUGUUGAGACUGUAAAGGGUGGAGAAGAGGAGGAGUUGGAGCAAUCAGAUGAAGAAUGUCCUGUAGAUGAAAGUAAUCUUGUAAUUGGACCAAGUGGGGGCUAUAAUAAUGGAGAGAGUACGUGCAAAGAGGCACUGACUGAGUGCACAAGGAAUGAAAUGUGCCGUCAAGACUUCAGCGAGCUCAUCACACAGUGUAACCCGCAGGAAAUCGAAGAGUACUGCGACCGUUCGGCCUGCAGAAGCAUAGUCCGCAAGUUCUUCACAGACACUUCGCCCAUCUACACACACGGCUUGGUGUUCUGUCAUUGCCAGGAAGGUGACUUACCAUGUGCGACCAUCCAGAAGGGGUCCAAUCCUACCUGCGCCCGAUCUGGUAUAGAGAACCUUGAUUGCCUUGACGUGGUUGAACAGUGCAACGAGGAUUCUUACUGCCGGUCAGCUUAUAGGAACUACCUUGAAUUGUGUAAGCCUUCAGAUGAUGAGAGUGGUUGUACCUACAGCUACGGAGCUUGUCGUUCUGCCAGAGUAGCCAUAAUUGGUACCAUCAUGGGAUCAAGUUGUUCCUGUGAUAGUAACAACACGGACUGCCGGUACCAUAUGAGGAUGUUCUUUGAUAAUGCAUGUUACGACCUUGCCGCUAAAGGUUUCUACUCUUCGGUCGCACCCACGGAACCUCCGGAACUGUCUGCAACAGUUUGUGUUGUAAACAGCAGUCUGAACGGAGUGCCAUACAGAGUCAAGCCAGGAUCUUAUGCAUUGGUCUCUUUUGAUGGUAGAUGCUACUCUCUGUGUGUUUGUGUUUAUAAUGGAAACAUGGAAAAUUGUGUUUCACAACCCUGCCCAGAAGACGCACAUUGUUUAGUCAACAACAUAGAAUUUAAAAACAAUGAAUUAUUCUCUCAUCCGUCGUAUGGUCAUUGCAUAUGUUUGACUGGAAAAGUUCUUUGUACAAGUAGACACGGGUCAGGAUCAUCAGGAAAACAGACACAACAAGUAUCGCCAAGCAUCAGCAUAGCUUAUGACAGUGUAUCUUUGGAUCAUCUCAACUCUCAGCUAGAUGAAUCUAUUGGAGAUAGUUCUAUUAUCAGUGAUUUACAAACCAUCUUAGAUCAUCAGGAACCGGUGCCAUGCCAGUUGCAACUAUUGGAACAUACGGAUAAUACUAUUCUCAUAUCAGUGUACUACACAGAUAAUAUGAACUCCUGCUUCAAUCAGCUGUAUAGAUUAUCAAAUAUGAUCAACUCAAAGCACCCUGCAAUCACCCUCAAUCCUGUACUCAGUAGUCUGAAGAUCGCAACAGUGGAGCGAGGAACUUACGAUGCAGACCAAAAGGGACAAGCGUCUCCCACACGUCUCAUUUCGUAUUCACUCUUGUCGUAUGUUGUCGUUGUAAGUCUUUGUGCGAUCUUUUCACUGUCUUGUCGGACUGCUUGAUGUGUCGAGUCAUAACGUCGCUUUGGAUGUUUUAUGUAAGAAAAAAGACACUAUCAGAAGAGCGUCAUAUUACUCCAAGAUAUAAUUCUAUUUUUCUUCUAAAUCAGUUUUGAUCGAUAUUUCAACAAGAUCAUGGAGACUGAGAAUACGUGAGGAUGUAAAUGAAAAACAAAAUGUUUUCUCUAAUCUAAUCUAACAAAAACGGAAACGAGCGAAGUCAAUAGCCUACCUCAUUGGAUGUGAAGAUGCUGAAAGACCUUUCAUCUCGUAAUUUCAUCUGUGAAUUAUGUGAUAAGACCGAUUGUGAGUACUGAAUAAUCAUGAAAAUAUAAACUGAUAUUGCCGGUUGAAAUAACUUGCGGAAAUGUCGACUCCAAAGUAAAUCUUGGUAGUGUUUCACAAAAGGACAUGUCUGCUUUUCAUCGUCUGAUUUACCAUUAAGCAACUAAGUACAGUUAGACUCCUGUGUUUAUCGACCAAUCAAACUCACGGAGGUUGUCAGGCAUGACGGGGAAAUGCUCUCCAUUAUAGGUUUCAACACAGUGG